AUGAGCGUCUCCAACGGCAAGUCUGAACCAACCCUAUGGGAGACAGGCAGGUCCUCGCCUGAAAAGAUUCCGGCAUCGCAGCUGUUUGACGUGAUUAACGAACAGUUGUCGGAGAACCCGGAGGAGGUCAAGGACGCCAUCAAUAAAGGCAAUGGCAUCUUUGCCUUUACCAUCAGGGGAAAUUCGGGUGUGACGGAUAGCUGGCAUGUUGACCUAAAGUCCACUGGCCGCGUGGGUAAGGGCAUUGGCGAGAAGCCCAACGUUACGUUUGUUCUCGACGAAGAUAAUUUUACAAAGCUGUUCUUGGGCGAGGCCAAUGCGCAAAACCUCUUUAUGACUGGCAAGCUGAAGAUCAAGGGCAACAUAAUGAAGGCGCUUGCUUUGCAGCCAGUUUUGCAGGUCGUGCGCGUCAAGGCCAAACUAUAA